AGAUGUGUAUGAAAUGUAACACCGACGUUUGCAGCAUGUCAUUGAGUCCGGGAGGCAGACCAGUGCAGUGCUACUUUUAUUGUAUGGAAGUUAAGAAGAAGAUGUUGCAGAUGACAGUACUUGAAGAUACCACUUCGCCUGCGCUACAAACUUCAACUGACACCUUCACUAAAGCACCAGCACAACAGACCAUAACUGAAGAGGCAUGCAAUUCUUCAGAUGUGCAACUUGAAACUGUCUUGAUGGUGGUAAUGCCAAUAUUGGGUUACGUCUUAGGCAUAGCAUCUUUAGCGAUUUACUAUAAAUGCAUCAGGAAUCGAAAUGGAGAUUGUCCGAAAGUCACACUGAAGAGUCAUCUACCACAGGGAAGGUAUGCUGGUACCACGGAGCCACAGGAUGCCGCGGAGUUGGCUAUUUCUGCUAAGCUGAUGCAGGAACCAGCGCCAUGUUAGCUAAGAAGUGAUUUAUUCUGACAUAGUAGACACGCCAUGCUACUGUCAAGCAUACAAGACUGGUACAGCGGGUCUCAGAUAAAGUGGGCAAAUACGUCCAUAAAAAGGACAGCAACCACAUGAGAUUCAAUACAGCAUUUGGUGACAGUCACGUUCAUAAUAGCAUAUACAAUGCUGUGAAGUUAGAUAGAAACAAGUAUGUCUAUGUUAUCUUUAUGAAAGUACACCCCAUACUGCUUCCUGCAAUAAACCCGGAUGCAGCACCAUAAAUCUGGAAGAGUGAGCGUUUCUCGCACAACCUGUGGUACCUGCCCAGGUGUCUCCUGUCAAAUUCAAGAAAUUGUGUAUGUCAUCAACGUUCCAACGAAGACAGACUGAACAGUCUUAUAUCAGGUUAAGUCAUCGCAGACACGGAAGGUCGAAGUUGAAACCAAGGUCAGGAUAUUGAUGUAUCCGCGAUAUAAAACACUGACUAUGUAUAUCUAGUUCAAAAGGAAACUCGCAAAGAUGAAACGUCUGAUACUUCAAAAUAUUUUAAAGUAGCAAACCAAUUGUGACAUGAUAAUACCUUUGGAGACUGAUAUAUUUACUGCUGAGAAAAAGGAAAGUUGAUACAUGUUAUUCUCAAAGUAAAGUCGUUAAAGUCAUAAAGUCAUAAAAAUAUAAUUCAUAUUGGUAGUCAAGUGAUAGUCAUUGGCAUACUGUAGGUAAAUAUUACAGUGUUUGGCAAUUAAGUAACCAUUAGCGCCAUGCUUAAGGAUAAUAACAAACAAUAUUUAAAAGCAGAAAAAUAUAUGUAAGAAAUUCUCAAAAUUUACAAAACAUCAUUCAUAACCCAUUAUAAAAAGGCAAAAGCCCAUCAAACGUGACGUAUCACUAUGAAGUAUAAUGUUUACCAGCUGUUGGAUUUGUAAACAUUUGAGGGUAAAACAUUGUUUCCUUACUCAAACAUGGAUGGAUACCGGUGUAAAAGCAAGAAAAGUACUGUCACAAUUAUUUUGCUGUGACCCAGAGACGAGUAUUUUUAAGUGGAAACAACGGCUUUAAUUACUAUAUCUCUUCUAUCAGCAAAUAACACUUCCAUUGUCAACAAAUGACUGUUAUUUGAGGUUAGGAUAAGGUUCACAAUUUGUGUUUUCUAAAGUUCACAACUGUCCUGUUAAUGCCUUUAUUUUAUCACACUUUGUCUCUGGUAAUAUACAUUUUGCCCAUGUGAUACAAGUGCUGUUUGUUUUGUCAUAUCAGUGUCCGGGCUGAUAAACAGUUCUUUCACCAACAUGGGCCGAUAACUAGUUAUCAACCCGGGCUGAUAUCACUUCAUCUGGGUUCUUCACUACGGAUUUCAGUUUUACGUUUAGGCGCCUCGGUUCCCGGCGCAGACGAUAGUAACAUUUCAGAUAAUGAACGAUUCUGAAGUUUGGUCAUUGAUAGGACUGGUCAGCUCGCGCUGUUUCUGACUUUUGGUCUUUUAUUACACAGAACUUUGACGGAUAGAAACAGAAGUGCUCAUGUUUGUUUAUUCUGAUGUUGAUUAUGUUGAUUAGAAGUUGAAUUGUUCCAAAAAAAUGUUUUGUUUUUCAAAAUGUGUGAUAAAAGGUUAUGAAACUAUUUUUUUGAUAUCACACCCUUAAUCAGCCAAUGACCUAAUAUCAGCAUGCGGCCCUUAUGCUGAUAUCAAGGUCUCAGCUGAUAAAGGGUGUGAUAUCAAAAUAGUCAUAUAAUAACCUCUAAAUACUGUACAUACUUGGUAAAUUGUUAUUAACGUGGUACAAAAACAUGUAGUUGUACCGUCAACGUGUGUCUCAGAUUUUUUUAACGUAUUCAAGUUAUCACGUUAUUCCUCAUUUUUAUAGAUAACUGAAAAAUGUCCUGUGAACAACCCUGUCAUGUUAAUCUGAAAAUCUUUCUUGUUGCCUUGUUCGCGGUUAUUGUUAGGUUCCCGAUUUAGGAUUGAACCUAUUUUGAAAUUCAUAGUAUAUGAAUUUAAUGUUUCACUAUAUACGUUUCAAUGUCCCAUGUGUUCCAUUGUUCAUAAAAUAUCGGGUAUGACUCGACAUAACUGAAAAUACUAUGAUCAAGCGCACAGGUGUCCUGGCUAACUAAUCAUUGACCGAAAAUUGGCGGGCGUUAAAUCUUAUUUUUGUUUGUGAGAAACGAGAACUUGAUGCAUCUGUAUAUACCCUAAAUUAAUGUUUUGUGUUGGGAAAUAUAUCUCGAUCCUACCUAACAUGGAAACUUUCUGUGAAAGAAAAUUCACAUUAUGUCUAUUUCUAAACAGUAUUUCCAUUAAAAUGAUAUAUAAAAACGCAUCAAACCAUAUAUAAUUUUCUGUUUUUCUCUAACAUUAAAUAUUUCUGAAACAAUUCAUUAUGGUUUUGUGU